AGCCAAGUCACGACAACGACACUCCUCCAAUGGCCACCCCUGCCAAACCUUCUCAACUCUCCAAAGUCCUCGCCCGACUCAACGCGGGCUUGGGAGCAUCAAAGUUGAGCCCGGCUGUUCGUUCCUUGCGGGUUAGGGCGGGGAAGAGGCAUGGACAGGUGGGGGAGAGGCAGUUCAUCAAGGAAGUCCUCCCGCGUCUGGCGUACGCUAAUCCCACUGUGAGGGUGGACGUACAGUUCCUCGAGAGGGGGCAGGGACAGGGAAAGGCGAAGGAGGUGGUGGCUGCUACGACUACUGGGGAGGAGGGGGAGACGGGAGACACGGUGGGGAGCGAUGCGGUGUCAGCGGGAUCUUCGUCGUCAGAAGAGGCCUCGAGUGUUGAGAUUGAUUUUGGCAAUACGACGCCGCCACGCAAGAUCUACCUGACCGCUCCUGGUGGGGCAUCCAAGCCUGCAGGGAGUAUAGUGAGGGAAAUACUCGAGUUGGCCCGAUUUCAGGACGCUGCGGCAGCGUCGACUUCGCAUCAUCAGCAGCAGGAGGCCGGAGGAAAGGCGGGACAGGCUCGAGCCCCCGAGCCUAGCAGUACGAAUCUCAUGGGCAGCGCAGAGGGGCAGUCGACUGAAGCUGGGUCCUCUACGCCGAUGUGAAUGGUAGAUAGAAUACAAGCACUCAAGUCUUCCAACAAUUGCAGUCACGCUUCCUUGCUACUCUCGGCCUCCCACCAAUCCCGAUACCCAGUA